AUGACUAGAGAAGAAACGGCGCUGCUUAGUCACAAGCUCUCAAAUUCUUCAGUUAAGACAAGAUGGAACGUGUUCAAAUUACUAUCGUGCGUUUUUUUAAUAUCCCUUUCAUUCAUCCUUACCCAGGUACCUAUGCUCAUGGCGUUUCGUCUUAUGGUUUGCGAAGAGUAUGACGAAAGUGUACGGGUUGGGUGCAAUGCACAGGUGAUUCAGGCGGAAACAGCGAAACAAGUCAUGAUUGCUGGCGUCUUCACUGUCAUGUUUAGUACAAUCAACUUGCUGAACAUUAGUAAAUGGGGUAUCAACAAUAUGUGCAUCAGAAACUUGUUCUGCUUGCAGACAUUCGUAUCCUCGAUCCGCUUUGUUCUCCAAAUAUAUGCCCUCAAUAUCGGAGCGGAGACUGGGGUCAUGCUCUACCAAGCCACACAGAUUCUUACAGUAUUUGGCGGUCCAGCGGGAUACCAGCUUGUGAUGAAUAUGUAUGCUAGUCACCUUGUCGAGCCCGAAGAGUACACUGCUAUAUUCGGUAAACUGCAAGGCUGUAUUCAAUUUGGGACCGCUUGCGGAUAUCUCAUGGGAGGAGUGAUAGGAAACACUUUCACGACAAAAACACCUUUCCAGGUAGCAUUUGUUCUGAUGGCUAGCGCAACUUUGUUCGCAAGGUUUGCGCUGCCAUACGUAUCUAUCCGCCAGGAAAGAGAAGAGGCUAGGGGGAAACAAUCCAGUUUCUUUGGUCCAAUUCGUAUGUUCUUACCACCAAGAGCCGAAGUUGGAGGCGUGGAGAAGAGAUAUUGGGGAGCAACAUUGCUUGGAUUGGGAGUGUUCUGUGGUGUUGUGGCAAACGGAUAUAUUCCGACCCUGAUGCAGAUGCAUGCAACGAAUUCAUUUGGUUUCAGAAUGAUUGAGAACGGAUACUUGACGUCGUUUUACGCAGCCAUUCGAGGAACGUUCCUUAUUUUCGCGUUCCCAUCUGUCAUCUCUAAUGGCCGAAAAUGGCUGUCAACAUCUUUUCAGAGAAACGAGAACCUCAUUAAACGAUUCCCAAGCGAUUCCCCAGCAGUAGUACCCUCCGAAACAAGCCCACUUAUCGGAGAGAGUACUGGGCAGUUACAACAGGAGUCACGAACGCAAACAGAAGUCGACGUGAAUUUUGAUCUCUACUUUCUGAGAUACAGUAUGAUAUUAGAUGGAAUUUUGACUGCAUCUGCUGGGUUUGCAAAGAAAGGGUGGCACAUGUAUGCAGUUGCCUCUUUGAUUCCAUUAGCAUCAGGAACAGCACCUGCAGCCAGAGGAGUGAUUGUCAGAAUGUAUGAUGAAACACAAAGAAUGGAAGCGCUUAAUGCUAUUUCUAUUGUAGACAUUAUGGCAAAGAUAGCUUCAAUAUCUAUAUUUGGAAUGAUCUUUUCGGCUCUUUCGAAGUCCGGAAUUUCGUAUCUUGUUUUCUUCUGCAAUGCAGUAUGUAUGACUCCAAGUCAGCGAUGGGACAAGUAUCUAAUCUUUGCAGUGUACUGCAAUUUUUGCUGCAGCUAUACUCUCAUUCGCAAGUUUACCUCGACGAAGAUAGUAUCACACUGCAGGGCGAGCUGCGUACCCAGGAUGGGCCCUUACCAGCAACCAACGCGUUGA